GUGCGCAAGCGCGCUGCUGCCCGUCGGGCCCCGCAGGCGCGGUGAAUCGAACGUUGAGCAGGGUAGUGAGUGGUGCGGGGUGCCGAGCGGCCUCACCCCCAACCGUCGGCCCAGUCGGACGGUUCUGAGGCGUUGCCGGGAGCCGGGCGCGGCUCUGCCUGGACUCGGAGAAACGCGGGGCAUCUGCCUGAGCCCUCUUUUCUACAAGAUGUGGGGAUUUUUGAAGCGCCCUGUAGUGGUGACGGCUGACAUCAACUUGAGCCUUGUGGCCCUGACUGGGAUGGGGUUACUGAGCCGGCUGUGGCGACUCACCUACCCGCGGGCUGUGGUUUUUGACGAAGUAUAUUAUGGGCAGUACAUCUCUUUUUACAUGAAACGAAUCUUCUUCUUGGAUGACAGUGGGCCGCCAUUUGGCCACAUGGUGCUGGCCUUGGGAGGUUAUUUAGGAGGAUUCGAUGGCAAUUUUUUGUGGAACAGAAUUGGAGCAGAAUACAGUAGCAACGUGCCUGUGUGGUCCCUGCGCCUGCUGCCAGCGCUGGCAGGGGCCUUGUCGGUCCCCAUGGCCUACCAGAUAGUGUUGGAGCUCCACUUUUCUCAUUGCGCCGCCAUGGGAGCUGCUCUGUUGAUGCUCAUCGAGAAUGCUCUCAUCACUCAGUCAAGGCUAAUGCUUUUGGAAUCAGUGUUAAUAUUUUUUAAUCUAUUGGCCGUGUUGUCCUACCUGAAGUUCUUCAACUGCCAAAAGCACAGCCCGUUUUCUCUGAGCUGGUGGUUCUGGCUAACACUGACAGGGGUCGCUUGUUCCUGCGCAGUGGGCAUCAAGUACAUGGGUGUGUUCACCUACGUGCUCGUUCUGGGUGUUGCAGCUGUCCAUGCCUGGCACCUGAUUGGAGACCAGACUUUGUCCAAUGUCUGUGUGUUCUGUCACUUGCUCGCCCGAGCAGUGGCUUUGCUGGUCAUCCCGGUCGUCCUGUACUUACUGUUCUUCUACGUCCACUUGAUUCUACUCUUCCGCUCUGGGCCCCACGACCAAAUCAUGUCCAGUGCCUUCCAGGCCAGCUUAGAGGGAGGACUAGCUCGGAUCACCCAGGGUCAGCCGCUGGAGGUGGCCUUCGGGUCCCAGGUCACUCUGAGGAAUGUCUUUGGGAAACCUGUGCCCUGCUGGCUUCAUUCCCACCAGGACACCUACCCCAUGAUAUAUGAGAACGGCCGAGGAAGCUCCCACCAGCAACAGGUGACCUGUUACCCCUUCAAAGACGUCAAUAACUGGUGGAUUGUAAAGGAUCCCAGGAGGCACCAACUGGUGGUGAGCAGCCCUCCGAGACCUGUGAGGCAUGGGGACAUGGUGCAGCUGGUCCACGGCCUGACCACCCGCUCCCUGAACACGCAUGAUGUUGCAGCCCCCCUGAGUCCCCAUUCACAGGAGGUCUCCUGCUACAUUGACUAUAACAUCUCCAUGCCCGCCCAGAACCUCUGGAGACUGGAAAUUGUGAACAGAGGAUCCGACACAGAUGUCUGGAAGACCAUCCUCUCAGAGGUCCGCUUUGUGCACGUGAACACUUCCGCUGUCUUAAAGCUGAGUGGGGCUCACCUCCCUGACUGGGGGUAUCGCCAGCUGGAGAUCGUCGGGGAGAAGCUGUCCCGGGGCUACCACGGGAGCACGGUGUGGAACGUGGAGGAGCACCGAUAUGGCGCGAGCCAGGAGCAGAGGGAGCGGGAAUGGGAGCUGCACUCACCUGCACAGGUGGAUGUCAGCAGGAACCUCAGCUUCAUGGCGAGAUUCUCGGAGCUGCAGUGGAGGAUGCUGGCGCUGAGAAGUGAUGACUCGGAACACAAGUACAGCUCCAGCCCGCUGGAGUGGGUCACUCUGGACACCAAUAUUGCCUACUGGCUGCACCCCAGGACCAGCGCUCAGAUCCAUCUACUCGGAAACAUAGUGAUCUGGGUUUCGGGCAGCCUCGCUCUGGCCAUCUACAGCCUGCUGUCCUUGUGGUACCUGCUCCGACGGCGAAGAAAUGUCCAUGACCUGCCUCAAGACAUGGGGCCUUGCUGUGUUGUCCAGGGUGUUCUUGAACUCCUGGGCUUAAGCGAUCCUCCUGCCUCGGCCUCCCACAGUGCUGGGAUUACAGAUGCCUGGCUGCGCUGGGUGCUGGCUGGGGUGCUGUGUGCUGGUGGCUGGGCAGUGAACUACCUCCCGUUCUUCCUGAUGGAGAAGACACUCUUCCUCUACCACUAUCUGCCUGCACUCACCUUCCAAAUCCUUCUGCUCCCUGUGGUCCUGCAGCACAUCAGCGACCACCUGUGCAGGUCCCAGCUCCAGAGGACUGUCUUCAGCGCCCUGGUGGUGGCCUGGUACUCCUCCGCGUGCCACGUGUCCAACACGCUGCGCCCACUCACCUACGGGGACAAGUCGCUCUCGCCACAUGAACUCAAGGCCCUUCGCUGGAAAGACAGCUGGGACAUCUUGAUCCGAAAACACUAGAACAAGAGUGUGGCAAAGAACACCCGUGCUGGGGUCGGGACGAGGUUGAAGGGUCUUGGUCAAUGUACGUAAUGAGCAGGGUGGGCCCCACGCUGGGAGGACAUGGGCCGGGCUCAGCAGGGCCUCUACCGGAACACGUGGGGGUCUCAUUCUUGAAAAGCUCUCUGAUGAGCAGCUCCUUUUCGUGCAAAGUUAAUUUUUUCUCGACAAUGAAGAUACCCCCUCCGUGUCUUCACCCCUGAACUAAGACACAGGGAGUAUUUCAGAGGCCAGCUUAGGAGUUGACAAAGAAAAGCCGAGAACCCAGGGCCAGCAGUGAAGCAAGUGAGACUCAGCAGACCGGGGCCUGGUCCUUGCUAAGUGCUGCAGGGUGGAGUUUGAUCUGGCAGACCCGAUCCUCUUUCAUGAACACCCAGCAACCUGAGCAAGUCCCAGCCCCGCCCUCAGCGAGGCCGGCAGGCGUCCUGAGACAGCUCAGUGUUGGAGGGCCACCUGAAGCACAAGCCGGGGCUGGGGCCUGCACGUCAUUGUCUAUGACAGCAUCAAGACUGGCCCUCGGCACCGUGCUGUGUGGAAACCCUCCCCGCUGAGACUCCACUGAGACGUGGCUGAGUGAAAUCUUCCUCGUCAUUGGUCAAGGUGUGUCAUCCAUACAGCUCCAUGCCUUUACUUUGUCUUUUUAAUGUAAUUAAAAAAGGAAUGAACUGGCA